AUGGGAGACUGGAGCCUCUUAGGCAACAUUUUGGAAGAAGUGAAUGAACAUUCAACUGUAAUUGGCCGUAUUUGGCUCACGGUGCUGUUCAUCUUCCGCAUACUUAUCCUGGGAACGGCAGCAGAGUUUGUGUGGGGAGAUGAGCAGUCCGAUUAUGUGUGUAACACAAAACAGCCUGGAUGCGAGAAUGUAUGCUAUGAUGAGGCGUUCCCUAUCUCCCAUAUUCGCCUAUGGGUGCUGCAUAUUGUAUUUGUAUCUACACCCUCAUUGGUUUACAUUGGUCAUGCGGUUCACCAUGUCCACAUGGAAGAAAAACGGAAAGAGAUGGAGACUGUAGAGAUUCAACACCAGCAAGAUUUAAACAGGAAACAGUUUGCUGUCACAGCAGGUCGAGAAACUGUUCAAAUGACUAAAGACACUAGCGCUGAUGGAAGUAAAAACUUUCGUCUGGAAGGCACUCUACUCUGCACAUACAUAUGCCAUAUCAUCUUCAAAAUUCUGUUUGAGGUGGGAUUUAUCGUGGGGCAGUAUUUUCUGUAUGGCUUCAACAUCCUUCCACUGUAUAAGUGUAGCCGUUGGCCCUGCCCUAACACGGUGGACUGUUUUGUCUCGCGACCAACUGAGAAAACCAUCUUCAUCAUCUUUAUGCUAGCUGUUGCUUGUGUCUCACUAAUCCUGAACAUUGUUGAGAUUGUCCACCUAUGUUUGAAAAAGAUUUCAUAUGUCUGCUGUCAGACAGCUUCAGCCCAGGUUGAGACUCUUGCCUUUCCUGAGAGAAGCUUACCAUUCCUCCUUAGUCCUGCCUUUCAUAAGCCAAAAGGUUACAGGCAACUUGAAGAGGAUAGAAAAGAGGGGGAGGUUGCACACAUCUACCCACUAGCUGAAGCAGGGAUAGAGGAAGAGCAGAUUUUUUCUCUAUCUCAGCAGGUAGAGCAGAAGACCAAAAAUGAGGUAGUAGUCCCUACAGCGCCCCCUCUGGAGGAGUCAGUGAUUUAUGAUAAGAAAAUCCCAGCUUUUACUGAAGCCACCAAGACUUUUCUUGAGCUACCAACACCCGAAGAGGAGAACUUUAGAAAAGGGGAUGAGGUGGACACUUCCAUACUUAUGAUUCCCUUGCAUGUGGGACAGGGAAAGCGGUCAAAAAAAGAAUGCAUGGAGGAGACACAGCCAAUUGGUGAUAUGAAACAAAGAGAUGUACAGCAAACUAUAGGAGACCAAGUUAGAAAUGACAAAGUGACAAAAAACCAAAUGGAUGUGGAGAUUAAGACAGGACAGAGUGGAUCAGAAGUUGAUAAAGUUCUAGAAGAUUUUGAGGUAGUUGUGGAAGAUCCAGAAAAGGCUAAUGGAUUGGGAGUGCUUGAGCAAGUAAGAGAAAAUGUUGAGGAUGUUGGAGAACUACCACAAAAUGCUGAAACAGUUGUAGAAGUUCCAGAAAAUGUUCUAGAAGAUUUUGAGGUAGUUGUGGAAGAUCCAGAAAAGGCAGAUGGAUUGGGAGUACUUGGGCAAGUAAGAGAAAAUGUUGAGGAUGUUGGAGAACUACCAGAAAUUGCUGAAACAGUUGUAGAGGUUCCAGGAAAUGUUGGGGAGAGUGUAGAUUUAUCAGAAAAAGUUAAGGAGGUUGUGGGAGUACCAGAAAAUUUUGAAGCAGUUGUAGAAGUACCAGAGGACAAUGUAGAUAUAUUAGAAAAUAUUGAGGAGGUUGUGGGAGUACCAGAAAAUGUUGAGGAGAAUGUAGAUGUUCCAGAAAAUAUUGAGGAGUAUGUGGAAGUACCAGAAAAUUUUGAAGCAGUUGUAGAAGUACCAGAAAAUUUUGAGGACAAUGUAGAUAUAUUAGAAAAUAUUGAGGAGGUUGUGGGAGUACCAGAAAAUGUUGAGGAGAAUGUAGAUGUUCCAGAAAAUAUUGAGGAGUAUGUGGAAGUACCAGAAAAUUUUGAAGCAGUUGUAGAAGUACCAGAAAAUUUUGAGGACAAUGUAGAUAUAUUAGAAAAUAUUGAGGAGGUUGUGGAAGUACCAGAAAAUGUUGAAACAGUUGUAGAAGAACCAGAAAAUGUUGAGGAGAACGUAUUUGUACCGCAAAAUAUUGAAAAGGUUGUGGAAGUACCAGAAUAUGUUGAGGAGGUUGUAGAAGUACCAGAAAAAUUUGAGGAGGUUGUGGGAGUACCAAAAAACUUUGAAGCAGUUGUAGAAGAUCCAGAAAAUGUUGAGGACAAUGUAGAUAUACCACAAAAUAUUGAGGAGGUUGUAGAAGUACUAGAAAAAUUUGAGGAGGUUGUGGGAGUACCAAAAAACUUUGAAGCAGUUGUAGAAGAUCCAGAAAAUGUUGAGGACAAUGUAGAUAUACCACAAAAUAUUGAGGAGGUUGUAGAAGUACCAGAAAAAUUUGAGGAGGUUGUAGAAGUACCAGAAAAUAUUGAGGAGGUUGUAGAAGUACUAGACAAAUUUGAGGAGGUUGUGGGAGUACCAAAAAACUUUGAAGCAGUUGUAGAAGAUCCAGAAAAUGUUGAGGACAAUGUAGAUAUACCACAAAAUAUUGAGGAGGUUGUGGAAGUACCAGAAAAUGUUGAGGAGGUUGUAGAAGUACCAGAAAAUAUUGAGGAGGUUGUAGAACUCCCAAAAAAUGUUGAAGAGGUUGUAACAAAAAAAUUCAACAAGGUUGUAAAAACACCAGAAAAUAAUGACCUGGGUUCAGAAUUUCCAGAAAAUGUUUAUGAGAUUGUUCAUGUUCAUGAAAACAUUAAGAAGCUUGUAGAAGAUCUCGAAAAUCCUGAAAAGUUUGUAGAUGUUCCAGAAAAGAUUGAGGACCUUGCUAAUAUUCAUGAAAACAUUGAAGAUCCUGAAAAUACAGAAAUGUUUGAGGAGCUUGUGGAAUUCCAAACAGAAUAUCUAGUAAGUAAAGAGCUGACAAACACAGAUGCGCUUACAGAUGAUUCUCAGGGCUUCUCUUUAGAAGAAGAGAAAUCUGUAGCUCGCUUAAGGAAGGAGAAAUCUUUAGAGGUGAUUCUAUCUGUAUGGGAGGACGAUGUAUCUAGGGAAAUCAAGAGGUCAGAUAUACCCGAGGGUGCAGAAGAGACACUCAAUUUAGAGUUAAGUGCAGAGGGACCCAAAAUAGAAAAUUCAUCUAAGGUGGAGUCAAUAAAGGAUGGAGUCAGUACAAAGGAAGUAGUAGAUUUCGCUGAUGCUGUGGACACAGGCAAUUUAUUCAAGAUGGGCAAUCCAGAGGAGGUUAAAAGCCCAGAAGACCAAGACAUUGGAGAGAACACUGGUGAUACUGAAAUAGUGGAGAGUUUAGAAUUGGAGGCUAGGUUGCCAGAAAUGCAGAUGCUUAAAGACACAAUUUCAGUCCCUAGUCUUAUACCUCUGGAAUUGGGAGCAACAGGGACAGUGGAAGAUACAAGAGCAGUGAGCUGUCUUAGAACAGGGAGUAGCAGAGCGAGGUCAGAUGAUCUUACAAUAUAA